UUUGGGGACUGGACAUGUUUUUAAAGAGACCGAAGAGCUAAAGAAAUUUUAAAAAUGUUUAAAAACGUAUGCGGGGUUCACUGAAUAUGUUUGCAUCGAGUUAAAAAACCGGAAAAUCGCGUUUCGACUGAAAAACUACAGCUCUGAAGACUCAGCAUGGCCGACCAGAGGCUGUUGUACAUCGAUAUCAAAGCUGAAUCGAACAGCUCCACACCUGCUGCAUCCGAGAAGCCCCUCUGGACUCGCAGCAAUAACGUCUUCAGGUUUAACUUCUUCCCUGACAGUUCUCCAGCAACUUCAGAGAAAACACCUGCAUCAGACAGGACUGAGCCAACGAGCCAGAUUUCCUUCACCGAACAAAGCUCUGCUUUUGCCUUCAACUUUCAAAUCCCUCCUGCAGAAGACAUGGACACAACAGACACUCCAAAUACUUCUCAAGGUGACCGACAGCGCGUCCCAGAGGAGAAGCCUCCCCUUUCGCAGGAGGUUGAGUCUCCACCUGAACAAUCUGAGCAAUCAAAAACAAAGAAGAAGAAAAAGAAGUCAGGGAAGAAAAACCCCUCCAGUAUUGAGCCACUGCAGAAGCCAGCUGAGGAGAGUGAAGGUGCUGCAGAGGAGCUGAGUCAAGAAGAGCAGCUGAAAAGGGAGCUGGACUGGUGCAUCGAGCAGCUGGAGCUGGGCCUGAAGUCCCAGAAGGGCACACCGAAGCAGAAUGACGAGGCGUCUCGUGCUCUGAAGACUCUGCGCAGCUCCAAAGCUCCUCUGCCCAAGAAGAGGCAGGUGAUGAGAGCUGUAACUGGAGAUUACAGAAAGAAGAUGGAAGAGGAGAAGAGCAAGCAAUUCAGACUCAUUCAGAGCGAAAUCGCAUCAGCCCAGGUCAAACUUGUGUCAGAGUCCCCAAAGAAGUCUGUUUUCCACCGGAGAGCUGAAGUCAAAACUCAGACAUCACUCGCCGAGGAGAAGCUGCAGCGCACUGAAGCUCACUGUGCAGAGCUGACGCCACAGACUCAAGAGGCGACGCCGGUUUUUGUUCUUAUCCCAUCGAAGGAGGAGUUUCAUUUCAAUUUUCUCUGAUUUGUCUGUCCUGAUGCCAAAUCCUUCACAAUGCAGCAUGCUGGAGAUAAAGUGCUACGUAGGCUGGCAGAACGGCACCGUCAGAGAUCUGUGGACAACCUUCUGGUGAACGCUGAAGAUAUGAGGAGAGAAGACGUCAAAAUCUCUGUGCUUACAGACAAAACCUUUAACUAAUACAUUUUUAGAAAGCGUGAUGCAUUCACUGAAUUAAUGUGAUUGCUCAAAUCUCAAGAGAAACGUAUUCAAGUCCAUUCAGGCUGACAGCAUGGCGACUCGAACCAUGUUACGAUAAAUACUGGAUUCCUGUCGAUUACACCUGAGGUGCCAAAAUAUCUUGUAUAUUUAGAAAAACAGACAAAUACGUUUUUGUUGGACUUCUAAGAUAAUAAUCAUGUUAAUUCAGAAAAAAUGGUUCAAAGCAUUUGAGGUUUUUUGUAUUAUAUUGCUAUAUUGCUAAAUAAAUUAAAAA